AAAGUGGCUUGCCCGACAGAUAUGCAUAUGCCGCCAAAGAUCAAAGCCGAUCCCUACGACUGGCCCAUGGUGGGUGACAUUUUACCGUCCAAUACGGCUCUUAUAGUCAUCGACAUGCAAAACGACUUCUGCUCCCCAGGCGGAUACCUCGAACAUCAAGGCUACCCUCUUGAGCCCAUGCGCGCACCGAUCCCACACAUUUCCACUCUCCUUAACUACUUUCGCAGCAAUCGUUACCCGAUCUUCCACACUCGUGAAGGACACCGACCCGAUCUAUCCACCCUCUCCCCACGCGAACUUCUCCGCUCACGGAACAAUCCUUCCGGUCUCGGCAUAGGCGAUGAGGGCCCUCUGGGUCGUUUGCUCAUUCGUGGAGAGAAAGGGCAAGAUAUCAUCCCUGAGCUAUAUCCUAUAACACAAUCUUCUUUAAGUGAGGGAGGAUUCGGUCCAGAGCCGGUCCUUGAUAAGCCCGGAAAGUCAGCCUUCGUGCAUACAGAGCUCGAUCUCAUGCUGCGAGUCAAAGGGAUCAGAAACUUGGUCGUAUGUGGCGUGACGUGGGAGGUUUGCGUGGGGAGUACGGUCAGAGAGGCAAUGGAAAGGGGCUAUGACUGUUUGGUCGUGAAGGAUGCAAUCGGGUACAGCGAGGUAACCGCUAAGGAAGGAGAGCAGAAUAGAGGCAUGGGUGGGGUUGAGGCGGUCGGGGUUGAGGGAGGCAUCUUCGGCGCUUGGGUCGCGAAGGCCACACAGGUGGUAGAAGCUCUAGAAGGGGUAGCUGACGAAACGCAGAAGAUUCUGUUAUGAGUACGCGCUGACGGUAGCAAGCAAGGAGUAUGGUGAAUAUCC